AUGGAACAUUAUUUUCUUCCUUUCCAGAGGUCAUACACGUUAAUAGUGGAAGCAUGGGACCAAGAUAAUGCAACAGCUGAUGAAGGGCAACUGAUUGAGCGAGCUGCUCACACAGGAAUGAUCAACCCAGGGGCCCAGUGGAUGACCUUGCAGUACAAUGGGGCUGUGGCUCACUUUGAAUACAGGAUCCGUGUGAAGUGUGAGGAAUAUUAUUAUGGCACAGCCUGCAACAAGUUCUGCCGGCCGCGUGAUGAUGUCUUUGGGCACUUUGUUUGCGAUCAGAAUGGGAACAAACUCUGUAUGGAAGGCUGGAUGGGGAGUGACUGUACUAAAGCUAUUUGUAAGCAGGGCUGCCAUUCGAUCCAUGGAGGAUGUAAAGUUCCUGGAGAAUGCACUUGCCUGUAUGGAUGGCAAGGGCAGUUCUGUGAUGAGUGUAUCCCAUACCCAGGAUGUGUCCAUGGGACAUGUGUGGAGCCGUGGCAGUGUAACUGUGAAACCAACUGGGGAGGGCUGCUGUGUAACAAAGACUUGAAUUACUGUGGGACACACCAUCCCUGUAUCAAUGGAGGGACCUGUAUGAACACAGAGCCUGAUGAAUACCAGUGCCUUUGUCCGGAAGGGUUUUCUGGCAAGACCUGUCAUAACGCUGACCAUGCUUGUGUGUCUAACCCAUGUGUGAACGGGGGGAUCUGCCACGAGGUCCCAUCUGGUUUUGAGUGCCUUUGUGCUUUGGGUUGGAAUGGAACAACCUGUGAAAUUGAUAUAAAUGAAUGUGACUCCAGCCCUUGUGCACAUGGUGGGACUUGUAUUAAUCAUGUCAAUGGAUUUGAGUGCAUCUGCCCUCAGCAGUGGAUUGGGAAAACUUGCCAGCUGGAUGCUAAUGAAUGUGAGACGGAGCCUUGCGUUAAUGCUUAUUCUUGCAGAAACUUGAUUGGUGGAUAUUACUGUGACUGCUUCCUGGGAUGGUCUGGACUAAACUGUGACAUCCAUGUUGAUAACUGCCAUGGACAAUGCCAGAAUGGAGGGACAUGCAAGCGUGACAGUGUGUAUGGUUACCAAUGCAUCUGCCCGCGUGGAGUUGUCGGCAGAAAUUGUGAAUUCAAAAUGAACGAGUGUGCGAGCAAGCCCUGUUUGAAUGGAGGCCGAUGUCAGGACCUGCUCGGUGGGUUCCGCUGUCACUGUGAUCAGGGUUACUCAGGAAUCUUAUGUGAGAGAAAAAUCAAUUAUUGUGAUCCGAACCCAUGUCAGAACGAAGCAAGGUGUUACGUACUUGGUGAAGAUUAUUACUGUGCAUGCCCCGAGGACUAUGAGGGAAAGAAUUGCUCUUUCCUGAAGGACCACUGCAGAUCUGCACCUUGCCAAGUGAUCGACAGCUGUACUGUGGCAGUCUCCAGCAAUACCAGUCAGGGUGGUAUCCGCUUCAUCUCAUCCAACGUCUGUGGUCCCCGUGGCAAGUGCAUCAGCCAGCCUGCUGGGAAUUUUACCUGUGCCUGUGACCGAGGGUUCACUGGAAUGUACUGCCAUGAAAAUAUCAAUGACUGUACAUUGAAUCAGUGUAAAAACGGAGGCACCUGUAUUGAUGGGAUCGAUUCCUUCCAUUGCAUUUGCCCCGAUGGAUGGGAAGGAGAACUGUGUGAAAUAGGAGAGAAUCAAUGCGAUGAAAGUACCUGCAGUAACGGUGGCACAUGCCACGAUGUGGGAGAUACCUUUCGGUGUGCGUGUUCCCCAGAGUGGGGUGGCGGUACCUGUAAUCUUGCCAAGAACAGUAGUUGCAUCCCGAACCCGUGCAAGAACGGAGGGACGUGUGUGGGAAGUGGUGAUACCUUCUCCUGUGUGUGUAAGGAAGGCUGGGAAGGUCCAACCUGCAGUCAGAACAAGAAUGACUGCAGUCCUCACCCAUGCUACAAUGGAGGGAUCUGCGUGGAUGGUGUGAAUUGGUUUCGGUGUGAGUGUGCAGCAGGUUUCGCUGGACCAGACUGUCGAAUCAACAUCGAUGAAUGCCAGUCAUCCCCUUGUGCUUAUGGAGCCACUUGUGUGGAUGAGAUUAAUGGGUACAGGUGCAUCUGCCCCCCUGGAAGAGCAGGCCACAGAUGCCAAGAAGUGAUUGGCUUCGGGAAGUCGUGCUUUAUGUCAGGACAGAACUACCCGCACGGAAUCCGAUGGGAACAGGAGUGUAACACCUGCCAGUGCCUGAAUGGCAACAUCAAUUGCACUAAGGUAAACUCGCAACUGAUGCUUGUGUUUCUUAACAUCGACUUAAACAUAAAAAUUAACUACCAAAAAUGA